AAUUACAAGACUAGCUCCAUUCGCUCCUCUGCUCUGUUACUUUACAAGGAAAGCGAGAUGUUUGGGGAAAACUUGUACCAGUGCUUCUCCGGCCAUCGCCGUUCGUCCCGUUGCCGUUGCCCUCCUCUUCCGGCGCUAGCCGCCUCUUGUUCCUCUUCUUCCUCCUCCUCCGUCGUCUUCAAGCACUUCAAUUGCCUGUUCGAUCCUGGCAUGACGCCGGCCGUGCUUCCACCCCGCUCCACCUCCCCCGCUGGUAAAGGCGCCUCCUUUUUCCCCUCCUCGUCAUCUUCCCGCGACGGCAUAGACGGAGACGAGGUCUGCAGCUGCCUCUCCGAGCGUGACCUCUCCUCCGCCAUCGCCUCCCGCCGCCUGCUGCCGGCGUCCCCGGGCCGGUCCAACUCCAUCGUGGACUCCUCCGCGGCGCCGGCCGCCUUCGGAAUCAGGGGCAUUUCCGCCGCCGCCGUGCCCACCUACUCGCCGGACCCCUACGGCGACUUCCGCCGGUCGAUGGAGGAGAUGGUGGCUGCGCUCGGCCUCGACGCCGCCGGCGACCACCGCGCCCGCCGUCUCCACGAGCUCCUCCUCUGCUACCUCACACUUAACCGGAAGCACGCCCACAAGUACAUUGUCAGCGCUUUCUUCGACCUCCUCCUGGCCCUAGCCGCCGCCACCUCCGCCGCCGAGGAUAAUAGCUCCACCGCUCGAUUCGCCACUGCCUCCUCCCUGCUGUAGAUUGUUAGCUCCACAUGCGUAUCUGCUAAAGAAUUAUUCUCUCUGUCAGAUCCUCGUCGGAUCAUAUCUGCUAACAUAUACGCCAUGCUUAGUCGACAUGUAGACGAGAUUACUACUAAUACUACUACGAAGCAUCAUCUUAAUCUUUGCCCUGAUCAAGUGUCUCAUGUGUGGACGAGGACAGUUUGUCUGGUCAAAUAAACUCCUCUUAAUGGAAUUGACAUAAAGAUGAGAUCAAUGGUGGAGUCAGAUCGAAGUAGUGCGCGCUGGAAAAGCUGUCCCAGACUCGGCCAAUGCAUCUCAGCGCACUGAAUCAAAGAUGCCGAAGACUUCAAUUACUGUCUUUUUGUUUAUCUUUCCAGAAAAAUAAUUGGCUGUUCCCUCAAAUACACUGUAAAUUUGUUGCAGAAGUUGAGUGCGUGUGCAGAGCACUGCAAAUGUGGAAACAGGAAGAUCAGUUACAAAAAACACCGCAAUCUAAUCCAUUGAUGAUGGACUAUGAAUUUGUUCUUCUUUUGAAUAAAAUAUCUAUGUGUAAUCUAUCGUAUCCGUAAAAGUUUCUUGUACCCAUUUUAAAACCACUCAUCAAAUGACACGCUAUUUGAGGUAGUGUGGGGCCACACGGAGUGGGACUUGUCUUAUAUAAUUGUAUGGAAGAUUGAUUAUAUAUAUCAAUUGAUAGAAGCCAUUUUCGCGGAGACUGGAGGCCGAUCGGCAGUAAAGCUAAGCUACAAAUUGGAGAAUCCAGUGCAGAAAUAGCAAAGGAUGUAACUGAA